AUGCCAAAAUCUGUUCUUAAAUCAAUCCUUAAAAAGCAAAUACUGCCGCUGCGAUCGAAUCAGCGGUUUCGGAAGCUGCAGGAGAUCCUGCAGCUCCCAGGCGGGCUACAAGGGUACUGGGCCAACCUCAAGCUGUGGUUCAAGCAGAAGAUCAGCAAGGAGGAGUUCGACCUGGAGGCGCGGCGGCUGCUCACGCAGGACAACGUCCACUCUCACAACGAUUUCCUGCUGGCUAUCCUUACCCGAUGCCAAAUCUUGGUUUCUGCACCAGAAGGUGCGGGAUCUCUGCCGUGGGCAGGUGGCUCUGCAACUAAACCUGGAAAGCCCAAAGGAAAGAAAAAGAUUUCUUCAGUUCGACAAAAAUUUGAUCAUCGGUUCCAGCCUCAGAAUCCAUUAUCCGGGGCCCAGCAAUUUGUGGCGAAGGAUCCUCAGGAGGAUGACGAUUUGAAGCUGUGUUCCCACACUAUGAUGCUUCCUACACGUGGCCAGCUAGAAGGAAGGAUGAUCGUAACUGCUUACGAGCACGGGCUGGACAACGUCACCGAGGAAGCAGUGACGGCUGUUGUUUAUGCCGUGGAGAACCACCUUAAGGAUAUUUUGACGUCUGUAAUAUCCAGGAGAAAAGCCUAUCGUCUGCGAGAUGGCCACUUCAAAUAUGCCUUUGGAAGCAAUGUUAACCCUCAGCCCUAUCUGAAGAACAGUGUUGUUGCCUAUAAUAAUUUAAUUGAAUGCCCUCCAACCUGUGUGGCACCUUCUGCUGGACAGAGCCUGGCUCCCCAGCCCCUGCCCGAUGAUGCUGAGCAGCAGGCAGCUCUACUCUUGGCGUGCUCUGGAGACACCCUGCCAGCUUCCCUCCCUCCAGUGAACAUGUAUGACCUUUUUGAGGCGUUGCAGGUGCACAAAGAAGUUAUUCCUGCACACACCGUCUACGCUCUAAACAUUGAGAGAAUCGUCAUGAAACUCUGGCAUCCAAACCAUGAGGAGCUGCAGCAAGAUAAAAUUCAUCGCCAGCGCCUGGCAGCAAAAGAGGGUCUCCUGCUCUGCUAGGGCCAGGAGGCACAUCAGGCCUCAGGUUACUGCCCUGCUGUUCCUUGGACUUGACAUGGGAAUGCUUCUUGCAAACCUGUGUCAGCAUUUCAAGGAAGAUGUAAGUUAUGAGUCACCUUUUCCUAUGGAAAUAUGACUGAGUUGAUACACUUCGUCCGCUUAAUCAGAGCGGUGUGCUGUGGAGUGUUUGCAGCAAUCCCACUGAAUUGGAAAGGAGAAAUGAGAUUUGUUUGUAAAGACUGUUUUUCUAGGAAAAAAUAAAUGUGAAGGUGGAAAGAGUUGCUUUUAAA